UGUCAAUGUGAUCGACCCACAAACAUGUCCAACUCGGAUGUGCUUCACUAUAUUGAUCGCAAGAGGGCAGAAAACAGCAGCCAAACAGAGCGCAAGAAGAAGAAGAAGAAAGCCGUCUUUUUUGUGGCUAGCGGAAUAUGUAGCAAAGGGUGCCAACCAGCAGAUUUCACAAGAUCAAGACAGAGAAACAUCCUGUUAUGACAUCUUUAUUUUUACCUGUGAUUGUUGGCAUGGUCAAGGCCAUCUUCCUUACACAAAUGAGUGCUUUUUUCUCUUUGAGCUGGGCCAAGCGCCAUGCCUGAUCGCGACAGUUCAUACCUGUCUGGUGCUGGUGGCAGUGGCAGUAAUCUGGGUGAGGAAGGAGGACAAGGAUCAGGUCUGGCAGGGGGAUCAGCAGAGGGCAGAGGGGGCUCAGGUGGAAAUAGUGGAGGAAACACCUCUGGGAGCAUGGGGGGAGGAGGGGCACUAGGCAACGGCAACAGUUCCGGGAACAGCGCAGGGCAGGGUUCUGGACCUGCAUUGGACGGUGUCUGCAGAGACUUCAUACGUAAUGUCUGCAAGAGAGGAAAGCGCUGCCGCUUCAGACACCCAGACUUUAAUGAGGUCCCAGACCUGGGAGUACAAAAGAAUGAGUUUAUUUUUUGUCACGACCAUCAGAACAAGGAUUGCACACGUGCCAACUGUCGAUUUGUUCAUGGAUCCAAGGAGGAUGAAGACUAUUACAAGAAAACGGGAGAAUUGCCUCCCAGGUUGAGAGGCAAAGUUGCAGCACGGCUGGGCUUGUCCCCAAUGGAUCUUCCCCAUAGCCGUGGGGAGGUCCCCAUCUGCAGAGACUACCUGACAGGAGAGUGUCAGAGGGGCAACAAGUGUAAAUUUCGCCAUGUCAAAAAAGACUAUGAAUAUGAGCCUUCCAGAGUUGGGGUUGGCAGUGUUAUUGGUCCUUGUACCAAUGGAAUGGUGAAUGCAGCGGGAGGACUUGGUGGUGGGGGAGGAAGUGUGUGUGGAGCAAUGCAGGGGCUUGUGGGACCUGGUGGUGGAAGUAAUAUGAUGAGCAUUGGCUGUCCAAGCUUUGGUGGUUGUAGAGAUCCAGCGAUCUCAGGAGUUGGGAGUGUAGGUGGAGGAGGAAUGAGUGGUUGUCUGUCCCUGAGUUCUUCAGGUCAGAGGCGCUAUGACAGAAGUUCGGUGUACGAUCCUUUUCUUGAGAACGGUCUGUUUGAUGCCAGUUCGUUGGAGGCCUCACUGGACCACACUGCCCUGCAGCUGAAGAGACGUCGAUUAGAGGGGCUUCGUCUGGCAGAUUGUAACGGAGGUGGACACUAUGAGCUGGGAGUCCAGGCAGCCUUGCCACCACGUCCAUUUGAGUACAGGAUCCUGGAAGAGGAAAAUGCUCUGCUGAGAAAGAGGGUAGAAGAAUUAAAGAAGCAGGUUUCAAACCUUAUCGCCACAAAUGAGGUUCUUCUGGAACAGAACGCCCAGUUCAGAAGCCAGGCAAAAGUAAUGACACUCUCCUCCACUCCUGCACCCACAGAGCAGACUCUGGCUCCCCCUGUGGGUGCAGUCAGUUCAUACAACCACAGCAUCGCCCAGACCCACACCACCCUCAGCAGUGCUGGUCUGCAGCCUCGGCCUGUUACACAACAAGACCUAGUGGCUCCCACUGGUGCCCCUUCUGCACCUCCCACUAAUGCAGCCCCGCCUACUGCUCCUCCACCCCACCUCAAUCCCGAGAUCACGCCCCUCUCUGCCGCCCUUGCCCAGACCAUUGCCCAAGGAAUGGCGCCUCCUGUGUCGAUGGCACCUGUGGCAGUUUCUGUGGCACCAGUGGCAGUGUCUAUGACACAACCUCUGCCUGGUAUCACCAUGAGUCACGCCACCACACCAAUGGUGUCGUACCCCAUCGCAAGUCAAAGCAUGAGGAUCACCACUCUGCCCCACUAACUGAUUCUGGUCAAGAGUGUGGAGUACAAACAAUUUGGACUAAAGCAUCCUCAGUGAGGAUUUGUUGUUUGUUUCUCUUUUACCAUAAAUGGCACAGUUUGGUCAGGAGAGUAAUAGAAGAGGUUCACACACUUCUCCAGCAGAGGGCAGGAUGAAGACUUCUCUGUUCAGCUACAUUUGACCUGUUUCCUAUGGCUAAAUUAUAAAUGCGUGUAUCAUACAGACUAACGGAGCUGUGAACUCUUGACAGAAGACGGUGUACCAAAGGAAUCUUUUCAAACACAGGCAACAACAUUUUUCAACAGACUCAUUACAGGAUGUUGUCCACAGUGUUUCUAUGUACACGACUGCUAUGUCCUGGAGCCAGUGCCGACCUCGGAAGUAUUUUGUGUUUUUAUUUUUGUGGUUUUCUGUUGAGGUGUUCUAACUUUAGUACUUCACAAAAAAGAACUGGAACUGCUCAAAAAUAAAUCUUGUGCUGUGUCACAUUAA